GCUGCUAGCUGGUAGCCUAGCAUAUUCCUUACUUAUGCUACCAACUGUCGCUUAGCAACAACGACUUUUACAAAGUUUGUUUAACGUUAAUUUAUGUGGUGUUGCUCAUCUUAUUUUAUUCCUAAUGAAGAGUGGAGCAUUCAGGUGAAUUGCCCUCACUGUGGCUAAAAAUACACACUCACCAAAUUAGACUGUGGUUGAGCUAACGUUAGCAGCUGCCUGGCUCUGUAACAGUAGCUUCUAGUUUGGGAAGAGUUGCAACAGAAAAAUGGCUGAGGCAGUCGCAAAUGUGGCCAGGAGGGUUAAUGCAACCGUAGAGGAGGAGAAAGAUACACUGGAUCUGUCAAACUGCAAGCUCAUAUCCUUCCCAGACGGUGUGUUCAAGGUCCUGAGGAGUGUCGCAGAAAACAUCCGCGUUAUCACACUGGCUGACAAUGAGAUGAAGGCCCUCUCCAGCAAGUUCUUUUCAACCUUCACUCAUCUGAGAGAACUGGACCUGCGAGGAAAUGUUCUCACCAAACUGCCUGACACUGUGGGUGAAAUGGAGCAUUUGACCUGCAUCAAUCUGGCUAAUAACAGCUUCUCCAUCUUCCCCGAUAAGCUCACUGAAAUAGCCACACUGGAGAGGAUUAACCUGGAGGGAAACAACAUCAAGGAAAUACCAGUGGAGAAGUUGUCUGAGAUGUCAUCACUGAAGUGGCUGAAUGUGAAGUCGAACCCUUUGGACUCUAACACUCUGUCGGCUCUGCAGUCUCCACAUGAUUUUGACAUUUUGUCAACAACUGAUUCCUAAAAUAUGUUACAUGUCACAUUACAGCCUAUAGACUGCAUGCUGUGUGCCUUUAAAUACUUCAGCUGGAUGCUUUGGUGUGCCUGAGAGAUGAGGAAACAAUACUUGAAGGAACAAGAAAAAGGAGGUGUGUGUUAUUAAAGAUGGUCUCCUGCUUGAUUGAGUUUAUCAAUCAUGGCGACCACACAAAGAUGCCUCUACUUUUUCCUCUCCAUUUGAACUAGAGAGAGUUGAAAUUACUGUUUGGAAAUUAAAUCAAUCCAUCUUUAUACACUUUUUGACAUGUUUUGUCUCAACUGAGACAGAUAUCAUGAAUAAUGACUUAUUUAUUACUUUUGAUAGUAUAAAAAAGUUUUUUCAAUUAAAAAUUGUGCACUGGAAGCUCUGC